CCAUCCUCCCCCUCCCCCGACAGCAACGCAGUUUACAGAUUUUUUUGUGGAAAGCUAUGGCAUCCGCUGCCAUCUCACCUAAAGAUGUUGUGAACGCUCUCCAGAAGCUCAACGAUGAGCAGGCGAAAGAGCUUUUUUUCCAACUCGAAGUCCCGCUCCACAUCCUCGACGGAAUUACUGCUGAUUACAGGGGAAACAUGCGCAAGAUCCACUACGUCCAGGCCUGGUUUGACAAUGAAACGGAGGCCAGUUGGGAGAACAUUGUAGCAGGCCUCAAACUUAUAGGGAUGAAAGCAUUGUCCCAUACCUUGGCCACUCGGCAACUUUUGUGGGGGACUCCGACCACAGCUGCUGUCAGUUUGACCCCCAAUCUCUCCUCCUCUCCAGUGAUGACCGCUCCAGAGGCAGGUAAUCCUCAAACCAGUGGAUCCACUGAGCCCUCUCUCGGUCCCGUGGCACGUCCCUACUCCCCCUCUGACAGGGUCUCCCAGGUAAGAGCCGAGAUCGACCGACUCACUGACACCUUCUCAGACCUCAUGUCCAACACGAGAGAUGAAAUGUGCGCCCGAGAAAAUGCAAAUCCGUCUUUUCUUGACAAGUUUCGUGAUCGUCUUUUAGAUCUUCCGGUUGCCAAAAAAGCUCCUCACGCUAAAUUUUUUUACAAAAAUGAAGAUGAUUUCCUCAUGGCAAAGAAUAUGCAAAAAAUGUUUGCCAUCCUCCGACGCUACUGCAACUACAACAACUACGAACUACUACGAGAAGUGAUCAGAAAGUUCUGUGAGGCUGUGCUCCAGCAAAGGAUGCAGGAAUACUGCCAGUCUCUCGAGAAGUUUGAGAAAGCGACGUUUAUCGAUGUGUACCUCCAUGCCAUUUCUGCUGGUGUCGUUCUCACCUCAGAAUUCACGAAAAUGGUCAUGAUCAUCAAAAAGCCGGCAUCCACUUGCACACUCCACGAAGUUCGCAAGUUGAAGGAAACCAUUGCAGAAAGAGCGUCUCUUCAGUCGUACAGUGUCUACAUUGGGGAUAUCGCAGAGAGCUCAGUUAAGCUUGCACUGGAGUUCCCUGCCAGCUGUUUGGGGUGGAUACUUGGAGUCAUUACUCUCGAAUUCCUAGCCAAACAUCACUUGCCAUGGGUGGUCCUUGGUCAAAAUAGUAUGCUCUCAAUUCUUGAUUCAAUUAUGGAAGUCCCUCAGGAGGAUGAGUUCACUCACAGAUGGUCGGAAGAUGUAAUGAGAAUUGUUUCUCUUGUAAUUGAUAUCCCAAGUGAGGAUGAGGAAACCACAUGUUCGAAAACAUGCUCUGGAGUCAGCCACUCCUCUGGACUGGAUCAGUUUGUACAGCCAUAUCUCUCAAGUGCAGGUCCCCAGAAAUGAACUAAAUAAGAAGCUGAUUGCUGCCAGUAACUCGGGAGAUGUGGUAAGAGUUACUUCUCUUCUCAACAGUGGAGCUGAUAUCCAGACUGAAGACGAGUUGUCAUGGACUCCUCUGGACUGCGCCAGUAUACAUGGUCAUCUCCAAGUUAUUCGUCUCCUGAUAUCAAGAGGAUCUGAUCCUAACUAUGUCAAUGGGGUUGGAUUUACGGCUCUUAUGAGUGCUACCAUCGGUGGGAAGACUGACGUAGUAACAGAUUUAAUAGCUCUUGGAGCUGAUGCUGACAUUGAAAAUCCAUAUGGUGAAUCAGCACUGAUACUAGCAGCCAGAUAUGGUCUCCGUGAUAUUGUUGUGGAGCUGGUGAAAGCAGGAGCCAAUUUGGAACUUCAGAAUAAGUUUCUCACUUUUACUUACUACACACUUCAUAGAAUGGAGACACAGCAGUCAUCAAAGCUACAAUAGGAUAUGAACCAGACAUUCUGAGGGAGCUAGUGAGGGCAGGGAGUGACCUCAACCUCCAGAACCAGGAGGGACUCACUCCACUAAUGAUAGCUGUCAGGAGUGAGAGAACUGACAUUACUAACAUUCUACUGGAGGGAAAACACAUCAACCUGGACAUUCAGGAGAAUAGAACAGGAUGGUCAGCUCUCCACUUCUCUGCUGAGAGAGGAAACUCAGCUACCACAGAAGCACUACUCAAGGCAGGAGCUAAUGCUCAGCUCAAAGACAAUGGUGGGUUAACUGCUCUGGAGAUUGCCGAAGUCAAGGCAGCAGAGAAAGAAUCUUAUUUAUUUAUCUGCAACGGACCUGACUACACAUCACUGAUAUCUCUCCUGAAGGAAAACAUUGCAAAAGAGUCACCUACCCUACCUAGUCAACAAGGUUCCUCUGUGGGUGGAAGUUUCUCCACCCAGCAGGACAGGUCUCCGGUCCACCAGGACACUUCUCCCACUCCCCCCCACAUGGAACCUACCACCCUCUCUAAAACUGUGGAAGACACUGAGACUGAGGAGAAGGAAUCUGAUCAGGGCACCACUGAUACACAACAGGACAUAGAUGCUGCCCACAGAAGAGGAAGAACCCAGGAGGUUAGGGGAGUUCAAUAGUGUAGUCUACACAACAGAUUUUGUCUCUUUGCCCAGGCUCUGAGGAACCUGGUGACCAGGCCUGUACAGAUAGCAAAGCAGAUCUUCAAUGACCUGGACAAACGUCUUAAAUCAGUUGACAAGAAAGACCAGCCAGAAGUGAUAGGUCAGGGGUCACUAGACAAAGAGAAACGGAAGACAAAGACGAGAGAAAGCCUCUUAACAAUCAGACCAUUGAUGACUCAUAGAAAAUUUCACAAUUUAUUUAGUGAUUUUAUGCAGUAGCUAAUAUUAUUAUAGAAAGAGAGACAUAUGCCAGAAAUGAAUCACUCAAGGAUAAUACACACUAUAUACACAAGCAUAGUAACAAGAGAUCCGAAACGGGGAACAGACAUCAUAAGACAGAGCAGGAGGAGCAGGCGUGGCCCUUCCCCUUCUCCAUCGUCUGAGUACUGAGUCUGAAGGACAUCUCUGUGUCUGCCACUGAGCUGAGACCCUCGUUCUUCCUCCACAGAGCCCGGGCCAUCCGCAUGAAGGUGCCCUCAAUGUUUGUGUUGUCUUUGGCCGAGGUCUCGACGGCAUCCAGCAUGUGUUUCGUGGCAGCGUAUCUCUUGGCGUGAUUGAAGGGGACCUCUCGCAAACGAGGUUGGCUGGUGACAGUGUCUUUCUUGGUUCCAAUCAGUAACAUCACAGCAUCUGGACCUGCACAACAAUCUUGGUCUUAAAGUGUACUGUUUCUGUUGUGGAUGCGAAUCUAGCUACCAAACCAGUCUAUUUUCCGGUG